UGACAAAAUGGAAGAAAAUCAGUAAUAAACUGGUUUUAGAAGACAAUUUUUGUGCAUCAUCAAUACAUUUUUAAAAUAUUUUCUACUGACGUUUCAAAAAUAGCAUUCAUUAAAAUUCUGCAUGUUUUAUUUAUCAAAACAAGUCCUCAUUAUCGAGUUUGCAACGAGGCCUCCCCGUAUCGCUUAUAGCAGAUUUAACCAAAACAGAUUUGUGCUCUGUAGCAUUUUAUAGUGUCAGUUGACGUUUCUUUGUCUUCUCCAAAACAUACAUACAUACAUACAUACAUGCAUGUGUGAAUAAGUCUGUGUGCCGCACCGUGUCUGAAUUGAUCAGCCAACUAAGCGUCGUGAACUGUAUUAUCGAAAGGAAAUAAACCGGGUCUAAGUCCGAUAAGUCAGCUGUUGGUUGUGCCGAUUGGAAGUGGAAGAAAAAGUAUAUUGUCCAACGCAAAGAAUUCCAUUAACAUACACUGAAAAGGGGAUAAGUGAAAAUAGAAGACAGCACAGCUUUCAAGCGCUUGGAGUGUGUGUCAUUCUGCUCCUUUUCAUAUAUUAAUUUUGUUACUUAUUGUAUUGCUUUUGUUGGUGCAUCAAAAAUUGGUGAGUUGUAAACACAAAACGCCCCUCAUUGCGCUCUAAAUCAACGAAUUAAUGAACAUUUAAUAUAAAAUGUAUAAUUAAAUUAAUUAAACAUUGCGCACAUACGUCGUGAAGAGUGUCUCAACGAAACAGCAACAAUCAAGCAAAAUAUAGAAGCGUUUAGAAAACAACGAAAACCACCCUCUUCGCUCUUUCUCCAGGAAGUAAGCACACACAUACGUACACGUACAUGACAGUUGCAGUUGAAAAAAGUUGUGCAGGCGAUAAUUGAUUACAACAUCCAUACAAUCACUGCUCUACACAUACAUACAUAUCUACAACGCAGCGAUAAGCGCUUACAGCUGGCAUCAGCAUCAACACGGACAACAAAACAAUCGAACAGUUGCAGUUAAGUUAACGUGCCGUUUGCAAUUGCAUCAGCACCCAAGUCUCAGCUUAGAAGGCGGCAAUUGUGUGUGAAAAAAAGAAGAAAUUUUGUGUUGCAAUUUGAAAAUAAAAUUCGCAAAUAAAAAUAAUUAACGCGUCGAAAAUGUCUAGUUCGCGUGAUGACGUCUUGCCCAUUGUGGAGAACGAGGAAGCACCGCCACCACCAUCGCCCGCCUCGGUGGCCAGGCGCAGUCCGCAGGAUAACGAAUUGGAUUUGCAGCCCAGCGGCUGUGGUUCGUCGAUGUGUUGUAAUCCCACCAGCGGUGUGCAUCGGUUUAUUGCCUUGAUCUUCAUGUGCCUGCUUGGAUUUGGCUCCUAUUUCUGUUACGAUAAUCCCGGCGCACUGCAGGAGGUCUUCAAGCAUGAUCUCAAUAUAACCACAACCGAAUUCACACUCAUCUAUUCCAUCUAUUCGUGGCCAAAUGUUGUGCUCUGCUUCAUUGGUGGUUUCCUAAUCGAUCGUGUAUUUGGCAUACGACUCGGCACAAUCAUUUAUCUCUUCAUUUUACUUAUUGGACAAUUAAUUUUCGCCUCCGGUGGUCUGUUGGGUACAUUUUGGAUUAUGAUUUUGGGUCGUUUCAUAUUCGGUAUUGGCGCUGAAUCAUUGGCGGUAGCGCAAAAUAACUACGCUGUGCUGUGGUUUAAGGGCAAAGAGUUGAAUAUGGUGUUUGGUUUGCAAUUAUCAGUGGCACGUUUUGGUAGUACUGUGAAUUUCUGGGUCAUGCAACCGAUCUACGAUUAUGUAUCGAAUUUCUAUGCCGAUCAUAGAGCUAUUGGUGUUGUGUUGUUGCUGGCAGCGGGCACUUGCGUGAUGUCACUUUUGUGCGCAUUGAUUUUGGGUUGGAUGGAUAAACGCGCUGAACGUAUAUUACAACGCAAUACAAAUCCCUCCGGUGAGAUUGCCAAAUUGAGUGAUGUCACUACCUUCAAGGUGACCUUCUGGAUGGUAUCAAUUAUUUGUGUGGCGUAUUAUGUGGCGAUCUUUCCGUUUAUUGCUUUGGGCAAAACCUUUUUCAUGCAUCGCUUCAACUUGAGACCCGAACAAGCUAAUAACGUCAAUUCUAUUGUGUAUUUAAUAUCAGCAAUUGCAUCGCCGCUUUUUGGCUUCAUCAUCGAUAAGACCGGUCGCAAUGUCAGCUGGGUGUUUUGUGCCACAUUCACGACAAUUGGCGCGCAUGCACUACUCGCAUUUACACUGCUCAAUCCAUAUAUAGGCAUGGUCACGAUGGGCCUGUCCUAUUCCAUGUUGGCCGCUAGUUUGUGGCCAUUAGUUGCUUUGAUCAUUCCGGAAUAUCAGUUGGGCACAGCGUAUGGCUUCUGUCAAUCUGUGCAAAAUCUUGGUUUGGCCAUUAUCACCAUUGUUGCUGGUAUGAUUGUCGAUCGCAGUGAUGGCAAUUAUCUCUGGGUUGAGCUCUUCUUUAUGGGCUGGCUAACUCUUGCCUUAAUUUCGACUUGCGUAAUUUGGGGUUAUGAUAAGAAGACGAAAGGUAACCUGAAUAUGACGCCAGCGCAACGUGUCCAAUAUGCUAGCGCAAUGUAUGUGAAAUUCUAAUGAAAUGAAAAUGCAAACGCAAACAAGCGCGCUGCAAAUCUGGACAAUGGCGUUUACUCUAGCGAUCAAGAGCCACUGCUGGAUGAUUAAAAUGCACCAAGCUGGGAGAGAAAGUGAGCGUAGUUGUAGUUGCACACGGAGUACGUGGCAGAGUUUUUCAGCCGGAGCAAGGUGGAGGCUGUAGAAAUUGCAGUAGGCCAAAAAGGAAAAAAAAACACUAAUCAUAAACGUAGUUAGCAAAAUUUUGCAAAAAAAAACUAAAUAUUAUUUUAUUUUUUGCGAAAAUUAAGUAAAAUUCGUUCUUUCGACGAUACCACCAAAUAACCAACCAGCGCAUAUCACCAUUAAACCACUCAUCAACAUAUUUAGCGUGCACCUUAUGUAUGACAUACUAGAUUUUCAAUUCAAGCUUUUAGUGAUUUUUUUGGUUUAUUUUUUAUUUAAUUUUUUUUUUUAAUAUUUUUUAAAACAGCGUAGCAUAUUUUUACACAAACAUUGUUUUCUUUACCCAUAAUAUAUAUUUUACCAUUUUAACAAAUUUAUUUUGUAAGCAAAAAUCCUGCACUUUAGAAUCACAUGCACACAAUGCAUGCAACACUUAAGAUUUUGAUUGAUAUACCGUUAAUAGCAAUUCAUAUGAAAUCAAAAUUUUUAGUUUCUGCAAGUAGUUGUUGUAAUAUUUUAUUUCUUUAAGUGUACGAUCCUAAAGCCACUGACGUUUAUCACAUCACAUACAAAAAUCUCUCUUUAGGCAGCGAAAUGAAAAUUUGAAAAUGUAUUUACCGAAAAUUUUAUCAACAAAACUAUAUGUACUAUAUGUAAUAAUAUAUAAUGUAAACAAACAAAUUUAUUGCGCGUUAACUGUUCGUCAUUGGUAGUUGUUACAAAAAAAA